UAAAUCACCAUAGACGGAGUCCACGUCAACUUAUCUGAAGCAGUGUGGUCGGUUACUGAAGGAAAGAAAACAACAUAUACUUUGUUUAUCAUCACUGACAGGAAUGUACUGGUAUUUCGGUCUUGGUGAAUUGUAUCAGCGCGCCUGGGUGAAUUGUUCCCUAUAAAUCUCAAAGUAGUGACUUUCUAGUGCGGAAACCUACUCUGGAGUCACUACCCGAAGGGACAUGUAGCUCAGGGCUUCUUCGACUGUUCAAAACUUCGGAAUUCGUAGAUUUGUGAAUAAGAGGCUCAAACUGUGAACCAGAUGUUGAAAAGAUGACCAUUUAUCUUUGGAUCAUACUCUUGGCACAAAGUAGUAGAGCAAUUCAUGGACUCCUGUUCACCAAGAACCCCACCAACCUCACAGUAACCCAGGGCAACACGGCUCGCCUGGGUUGUUGCGUCGAGGGCCUGAGUGAGCCGGAGAUCGUGUGGAUGAAGGAUGGGGAGAAGCUGUACAGCACAGACCAGAUGUACAUCCCCAUCGAGCAACACCACUGGGAGACCUUCCACAGUGUGAAGUCUGUCCAGCAACAGGAUGCAGGGAAGUACUGGUGUGAGGUAGAGUUCCAUGGCUUGACCAUCUCCUCUGAGCCCGCCUGGAUAACAGUCGAGGGUGUCCCCAACUUUAUACUUGAGCCCCAAGAUGUAGCCACGUUCCCUAGGGUGCCCUUUAACCUGACGUGUGCUGCUGUGGGCCCCCCGGACCCUGUGGAGGUGCUCUGGUGGCUGGGGGGAGUACAGAAGGGUGAUGCCACCUCCUCGCCAUCUGUACUCCGUGUUAACGGUGUGAAUAACAGCAUCAAGUUCUACUGCGAAGCCAAGAAUGCCAGAGGUAUCUCAGUAUCGCGAACAGGCACUGUGCACAUUAAAGUCCUCCCAGCAGCCCCUAAAGGUGUGCAGGUGGUCCACAUGGUGGAGAACAAUGUCACACUGGCCUGGAGCCCAGGCUUCACUGGACACUCUGACCUGUCGGCCUGCACCAUCCAGAUGUCUAAGAACUCUGGGAGGAAGGUGGAACUUCUGGACCAGCGUGUAAAGGUUCCACCAUUCCAACAGCUCCUCAGUGGGCUGAGCUGCUACUCCAACUACAGUGUUCGAGUGUGCUGUGACAAUGAGGUUGGGACCUCCCUAUUCUCUGGCUGGCUGGACUUUCAGACACCAGAAGCAGUGCCCUCUGCUGCCCCCCGGAACCUGACAUUUGACCUAACGGAGCAGCAGCUGUCCAUGAACUGGGCGACCUUGGAGGACGAUGAGCUGCAGGGGAAACUGAUGGCCUACAAAGUCCAGUGGAACCUGGGAGGAGAAGGACAGGAGGCUCUGUUCUUUAAAGAGAAUGUGGCCCACCUGUCUGGUGGAGGUCGUUUCUUCAACGCCACCUUCCACGUGUCAGCGUGUACAGUGGCUGGUUGUGGGCCCUGGAGCCAGCCUGUACUGGUCAUGCCCGCCUCAGCAUUGGCAGCCCAGAUGCAGAGAGGCCAUAUGUGGGUGGGUCUUCUGUUGGGCCUGCUGGUGGCCACCAUGGUGGGGCUUCUCUUGACAGUCCUAGUGCACCGCAGAGGGAAGGAGACACAGUUUGGGUCUGUCUUCAAUCCCCCAGGGAAUGAGCGCUUGGUGUCCUUCACUGCAGCCAGGUCAUUCAACAGGACCUGCCCCGAGCUCCCAGAAUCCAGCUUGGACAGUUUGGGUAUCAAUAACGAUCUAAAGGCCAAACUGCAAGACGUCCUGAUCCCAGAAAGACUACUGACCCUCGGACACAUGUUGGGAAAAGGUGAGUUUGGCUCAGUGCGUGAGGCCUUCCUAAAGAUGGAGGACAGUACUGUACAGAAAGUUGCAGUGAAGGUGCUCAAAACGGAUAUCAACUCGUCAUGUGAUAUUGAACAGUGCCUGAAGGAGGCUUUUCAUAUGAAGGACUUUGAUCAUCCUAAUGUCAUCCAGCUCAUUGGAGUGAGUUUGCACAGUCGCCCUCAGCAACGGUUGCCCAUCCCCAUGGUUAUCCUGCCAUUCAUGAAGCACGGGGACCUUCACACAUUUCUGCUCUUGUCCCGCCUUGGAGACGAGCCCUUUACCGUGUCACUGCAGAUGCUCAUACAGUUCAUGUUGGACAUCGCUCGUGGAAUGGCGUACCUGAGCAACAAAAGCAUCAUACACAGAGAUCUGGCUGCGCGCAACUGCAUGCUUAGUGAAAACCUGACAGUCUGCGUGGCAGACUUUGGGCUGUCAAAGAAAAUCUACAGUGGCGACUACUACAGACAAGGAUCUGUCUCAAAGCUGCCUGUCAAGUGGAUAGCACUGGAGAGCCUUGCUGACAAUGUCUACACUACUCAGAGUGAUGUGUGGGCGUUUGGAGUCACCAUGUGGGAGAUCAUGGCACGGGGACAGACCCCUUAUCCUGGGGUGGAGAACUCUGAAAUCUACGAGUACCUCAUCAAGGGAGAGAGGCUCAAACAGCCACCUGACUGCCGAGAUGACAUUUAUGAGAUCAUGCAUAGCUGCUGGAGCCCUGUUCCCAAGUGCCGCCCCAGUUUCCUGCACCUGAUUGACCAGCUGGAGGGGCUGUGGGCCAGCCUAUCCCCUGGGCCUAGCUGCAUUAAGGAGGCCCUUCUCUACGUUAACCUGGAGAAUGACAAGGGGGAGCAGGGGGCACUGGGUCCAAGGAAGGACCCCUUCUGGUCAGGAAUGCCCUCACAGUGUGUGGGGAUGGAGGAGGAUGAGAAAGACUGGCUCGUGGUGUCUUCUGGGGCAGCUCUGGCUGUCGGUGGAGACUACCGCUACAUCAUCGGUCCUACCUGUCAUGGCACUGAAGAGGAUGGUGGGAGGCAGGGGGACUCGAUGGAUACCUUGCAGCCAGACGUUAGGGAUGAGGAAUAUGAAGAUGCGUUCAUUAAUGUGUGAUUUUAUAUUUCGACCAUCAUGCUGCCUCCCCUGCCCUCCUUAACUGACCUUGUGUACAGAUCUCACAGACUGGCAAGUUGAUUGUGGAGGGUUGGUCACUCACUACUGUCCUCCAGUGAAGUUUCUGAAAACGAAUGGAUGCUCACCAGCAUGACCUAACGGAGCAGAAUUGGAUUGAAGUUCAUAUCUCGAUGAACUUUUCUACCCAGUUAUUCUGUUCUUUGUGUACAUUAUACUAUGACUUCACACCAAUACACACACACAAUCAGCCUUACUAUUACAUUGACAAAAAGCGCAGUAUAUUUUAGAUCUUGACUGAUACAGUUAACAUUUUCAAUGGAAAACUCACUGACCGAGGCAUUAUUUAGUCUGUAGAUAUGUACCUUUUGAUGUUUUAGGGAAUGAAUUUAUUAACAAAUGCUGCCUACAUUUAGGUAUUGAACAUUGGCAUUUGCUGCUUUGCGAACUUACUCCCUUUCAUACCCUAAACUCAAUAUAUAAUAAGCAGCUCCAGUCCAAAAGCCUCUAUUACACUUGUUCUUAUUUAACCGUAACAUUUUAAUGGAGCACAAAUGAAAUAAUUCUUUAAAGCAGUGGUCACCAAUCUGAGUUGCGAUUACUUUUGAGUCCAAAAGCAAGACGAGCUCUACCGCUCAGAUGUAUUUUGUUUUACGUAACCUUUCUGAAUUACAGUUCAUGUAAGGAAAUCAGUCAAUGGGAAAAAUUAAUUAUGCCCUAAUCUCUGAUUUCACAUGACUGGGCAGGCCUGCAGCCAUGGAUGGGCCUGGGAGGGCAUAGGCCCACCCAUUGGGGAGCCAGGCCCAGUCAAUCAGAAUUAGUUUUUCCCCACAAAAGGGUUUUAUUAGACAGAAAUAUCCUCAGUUUCAUCUGCUGUCCAGGUAGCUGGUCUCAGAUGAAGAAGCUGGAAGUGGAGGUCCUGGGCUGGUGUGGAUACACGUGAUUUGCGGUUGUGAGGCCUG